GCCUUGAGCGUCAGUCGCAGUCAGUCGGGUGGCAACUGUCAAGCAUGUGGGUUGUCUUUAGUUCUUUUCGCUAUUUAUGCGCGAUAUUUACUACCCUUUAAUAUAAAAACACCCACUGUUAUUUUUUAUUUAUUUAUUUUUUUUUUUAAAUUAAAUUAUAUUUAUUUACAGUAAUUGAUUAUUAAAUAAUAAUAACAAUAAUAAUUAUUUAUAUUUAUUAUUUAUUUAUUACUGCAUAAUAAUUUGUAGUGUAAAACAUGUGAACUGUGUGAUUGAUCAAAUGUAAAGGAGUUUAUUGUCAGUCAAGUGCGAUUGAAAAAACUUACCCCAAGUGCCAAACGGGGGUUGGGAUAUAUACAUGCUCCAAAACGUUGAUCACUAACGCGCCAUGGUUGCCAAGCAUUUUACACAGGGCUCUAGCCCAGAGGUAGGAGUACCGGACAUGACAGUAAUCAGCGACAUUGAUGAAAGUGGUAUUAACCGAAACCUCCAAGUUCGGUAUAAAAGAGACCAAAUUUAUACAUACACGGGCUCUAUUCUUGUCGCAGUGAAUCCAUAUAAAGAAGUCGACUAUUAUACGAUGGAAUAUGUGAAUCGUUAUCAUGGUCAAAAAAUGGGUGCUUUGGAGCCGCAUGUAUUUGCACUUGCUGAAGCGGCUUAUCGUUCACUAGAAGACAACGAGUGCAAUCAAUCGUGUGUAAUAUCGGGUGAAAGUGGAGCUGGAAAGACUGAAACAACAAAAUUUAUUUUACAAUAUUUAUGUUCUGUAACGAGUAAUGUUGAUACUUGGGUUGAACAACAAAUUCUUGAAGCAAAUACUAUUUUAGAGGCAUUUGGUAAUGCUAAAACAGUAAGAAAUGACAACAGUUCAAGAUUUGGUAAAUUUAUGCAAGUAUGUUUUGAUAAUAAAUGGAUGAUUAAAGGAUGUAUUAUUCAAGAUUAUUUACUUGAACAGUCACGUAUUACAUUUCAAAGUCCUGGUGAACGUAACUAUCACGUGUUUUAUCAGUUAGUUGAGGGUGGAACACGAGACAAAGAAUUUGCUGAACAGUACAAGCUUGUACCAGCAAGCUGUUACAAAUAUUUAAAUCAGUCUGGUUGUAUUAAGAUAGAUGGUAUAUCGGAUGGUAAAAAAUUAGACGCAUUGAGACUAGCAUUUAAUGUUCUUCAAGUACCAAGUGAAAUGUGUGAAGGUAUUUACAGGGUACUAUCGGCAAUACUGUGGCUGGGUAAUUUGAACUUUGAAGAUGUUGACGGAGAAAGAUGUGAAUUAACAACAGAGGAUCUUGAAAUUGUUGGCAAGGUGGCGCCAUUAUUAGGCCUACAAAUAGAAGAUCUUACUCGAGUUGUUUUAGUAAGACAGAUCAAUGUGCGUGGUAACAUCACUGAGAUACCACUUAAAGUACAAGAAGCACGAGAAAACAGACAUGCAAUGGCUAAAGCUCUUUACUCAAGAACUUUUGCUUGGCUAAUAAAUCACAUUAACAAUUGCACAAAUCCAGGACAAGAUAGUUCAAGAUUUUUGGGUGUUCUUGAUAUUUUUGGAUUUGAAAAUUUUGCUGUUAAUAGUUUUGAACAACUUUGUAUUAAUUAUACCAAUGAAAAACUUCAUAAAUUUUUUAAUCACUAUGUCUUCGCUAUUGAACAAGAACUUUAUCGUCAAGAAGAAAUUCAAUAUUCUCAUAUUACGUUUACAGACAAUACUUUGUGCUUAGAAUUAAUUGAAAAACCACCACGAUGUGUACUUAAAUUAUUAACAGAACAAUGUCAUAUGCCAAAAGGCUCUGAUUUAGCUUAUUUAACAAAUUUACACGCUGAGUUUGAUACUCAUCCGUGUUAUGUUAAAGGCGAUGAUCGUCGUAAAUGGGAAACAGAAUUUGGUGUUAAACAUUACGCUGGCUGUGUUACUUAUACAGUUGAAGGUUUCGUUGAUAAAAAUCGAGAUGUACAGCAGGAUGUAUUUUUUGAUUUUAUGUCACGAAGUACAAAUGAAUUCGUGCAGGAAAUAACGGUGUAUCAAGACUUGUUGGGUUGUACGGUUGCUCGAGCUGCCGGAUAUUCAGCUACAAUGUCACGUGGUACAACUAAAGGAAAACCAACACUUUGUGAUUCUUUUCGACAUCAAUUACAAGCUCUUGUUGAUGUAUUACAAGCUACAACUCCUUGGUAUGCCAGGUGUAUUAAACCAAAUAUGGACAAAAGUGCAAAUCAUUAUGACGAAAAAUUGGUACUUGAUCAGUUAAAAUAUUUGGGUAUGCUGGAUAUUAUUAGAAUACGUAAAGAAGGUUUUCCUGUACACAUGCCUUUUCAUGAUUUUGUUGCGAGAUAUCGGUGUCUUGUGAAAGGACGUACAAUGUUGCCAAGAGAUGACAAAGAAGCCACAAGGUGUUUGAUAAAGGCUCAAGGAAUACCCGAAACUGAAUGGCAACUUGGUAAAACUAAAGUUUUUUUGAGAAAUUAUGUGCACGAACCACUAGAAGAUACUCGUAAUAAAAUGGUGACAUGGAAUGCUAUUGUUAUACAAAAAAUUUGGCGAGGUUACACUGUACGGAAAGAGUAUCGACGUGUAAGAGAAGCAGCACUGAAAGUCCAACAUGCUUAUCGUGGAUGGAAACUCCGGAUAAUGUUUAUAAGAAAGCGAAGAGCAGCAAUUGUAAUUCAAUCUCAUUUACGAGGAGUAUUUGCACGAGAAGUAGCAACAGCUUUACGUGAAAUGCGACGAGUAGACGAAGAAAUGAGAAAACGGGAACGAAUGGAAGAAGAGCGAAGACUGAUGGAGGAUAAGAAAGCUCUUGAGGACAGUCAAAGCGCACAGUACAAUGGUAUUGCUGGGAUGGAAGCUGGAAAAGCACAAGAAGAAAUAGCUGCAUUGUCUCAAAUGGCUGAGCAAUUAAACUCAAAGAUGGCAACGACAGAAUUACAGUCCGUUGAUCUAGAUAAUCUUUUUUCAUUUUUAUCUGAUGUUCAGUCGACUAAGAGUAAUCAAAUAAUCGAAGAAAUUGGCGAGAGAAUGGACGAAUUAGUUGAGGAUUUAGAUGCUGAACUAGAAAGUGUGAUACAAAUGGAGAUGGAAAUGAUUGCUAAAUCAGAAUCAAAGAUGUCUAAUUUAAAUUCACCAGAUGACAAACGUAAUGGAACACCUAGUGCAGGAAAACUAGGUCAACCAAGUUUACCAGAACCAACAGAACCACCUCCUCCACCACCACCGCCACCACUUCCCCAUACGAUUAACGGUGACUCGUCAUCAGAAACUGGAGAACCAAUUUACGAAUCAGUGUUACCGAGAGAUGAAAAUGAAUCAACUAGUCCUAUUAUUAUAAACGGUAAUGCUAAUCCACUAGUUAAUGGUGAUAGUUGUGGAUCACCCCCACCAGUUCCAGCGAGCAAAAUUAUAAAGGAACCAUCAAUUGGUAGUCCACCGUCUCGACCGGAAUCAAGAAAUUCAAGUAAUCAUCAUUCACAUCAAAAUCAUCACCAUCACCAAUUGACACCACAACAGAGUCACGAUCAAUUAUCACAAGUGACCCAAGUACCGCCAAUUUCGCAAACUCAACAACCCGUUGAACGUGAGCAGCGCCGAAAAUUCCGAGUUGAAAGAAAACUAAUGGAGCUUGAAGAAAAGAAAGAACCAGUAGAAACUGAAGUAACGUAUCAUGAUAUUGUUGAGUUUGCUCAGAAUUACUUCAACAGUCAUGAACGUUCACCAGAAGGUACAAUUAUGGCGACUUUGACAAGAAAAUCAAGAGGUAAAAGUAUUGAAUUUGUACCCAAAUAUGAAAUGGUGACUUACUACAAAGGAUCCAGUAUUCCUAAUUCUCAUAUCCACAUGUAUGAUCCUGACAACGUUAAUCUCGCAUGCUCAAUCUUUCGGGACCUCUGCAAAUAUCUUCGAGGUGAAAUGAAAUUAGAACAAGAGAUUACAACUAUUCAAACAAUAAUUGGUCAUGGUAUAGAACGAGAAGAACUUCGUGAUGAAAUAUUAGUUCAAUGCAUGCGUCAAGCCACAAAUAAUCCCAACGCAGAAUGGUCUGAACGUGUAUGGCUGUUGCUCUGUUUAGCUAUAGUUGCAUUUCAACCAAGUAAACUUUUGUACAAAUAUUUUGUUUCCUUUUUAAAGAAAAAUCUUGCACUCGAAGGUAAACUCAGACAAUAUGUCCAAUGGUGCGUAGACAAUUGCAAGAAUACAAAGGUCUCUUGUCGACAGUAUCCGCCAUCAACAGUUGAAAUUGCAGCAAUGCGGCGACUCGGUACAAUUGUUUGUAGAUUUUUCUUUCUCGAUGGUAGAACUAAAGCUAUCGAUGUUCAUCCCACAGAUACUGCAGCUGAUGCAGCAGCAAAACUUGCCGAAAAGCUGGGUCUUAGAUCUCUCGAGGGUUGGGCAAUUUACCAAAGCCGGCCAGAUGGCGAGGAACACGUUCGUGCUCAUGAUUAUCUUUAUGACGUGAUUGCAGCUUGGGAAAUGAAACAAUGUAAGCUCAACACAUCUCAAUCUUCAUUCUCGACACUUAGAAGAGGCAGUAAUCAAACUCUCGGUAGUGGUGACAAUCGUUUUGUCUUUAAACGUCGAUUAUUCCGUAAUACUAGAGAAUUAUCUCAAGAUCCAGUUGAAGUAAAUAUGUUAUACGCUCAAGCAGUUUAUAAUGUCGUUAAAUGUGACGAUUUUCCAGUUUCUGAAAAAGUCGCACUUCAACUUGCUGGUCUUCAAGCUCAAGUUGCUCUAGGAGAUCCUAAAGACAACGAUCGUCUUGAUUAUUACAGUGAGGUAGAUAGCUUCUUACCUUAUCGUAUCAGUCGAGCUCGUGGUGAUGAUGUCUGGGUACCAAUAAUUGCCCAAGCUCAUAAACAAUAUGGUGCAGGUCGUUCUGAACUUACUGCUAAAGUUUUAUAUCUCUCAUGUGUAAUGCAGUAUCCUCUUUAUGGUACUACCAUGUACAAUGUUACUUAUAGAGGAUACUGGUCCUAUGGUAAUCAAUUGAUUCUUGGUAUCAAUUGUGAUGGUCUUAUGUUAAUAAAACCCGAAGAUAAAUUUGUCCUUGCGGAAUAUCGUUAUCAAGAUGUCGAAAGUAUUAUGCUUGAUCCAAGUGAUUCUUUUAUAACUUUAUCAUUAUUAAGACACAAUCCAGACAGUUCUCACAAAUGUUUUGUCUUUGAAACACCACAAAAAAAUGAAAUUGGUAGUUUAAUUGUAAGCUACUGUCCUGCACUUGCAGGAUGGAUUACUGAAAAUGAAGCACCAGCUAAAAAAGUUAAAGGUAUGACAAAUGAAGAUCGAAUAAGACUUUAUCAUAAUUUAGUUAAUUGUCGUCGAACUCUAGUCGAUUCAGAUGUAUUAAGAAAACCUCAAGAUACUGGUGGUGGUUUUAUUCGUAAUACAUUACGUCGUUUAUCAAAACACCGAAUUGAAAAAUUACGUCAAGAGCAUGGAAGUAAUACAGAUCAUGGUGAAACAUAUAAAGGAUUUCCUCACGUUUAUUGGGCAUUUAGUAGACAAACAAUACCACAGAGCUUAACUAAAUUACCAGACUCUGAAGAACAAAUAUCUUUGAAUGUCUUCCAAUUGAUUUUAACUUACGCCGGACUUGGCCAAAAUGGUGAUACUGUUCGUAGUGUUGAAGAUGAACAUGUUAAUCUUAUUCAAACAGUUAUGGAACGUUGUAUGAGAAAAGAAAGUCUUUUAGGUGAAAUGUAUCUUCAAUUAAUAAAACAAACAACAGAUCAUCCAGAUCCAAAUAGUCGCGUUAAUUUAAGACAUUGGGCUCUAUUGUCUCUUGCUUGUUCAGUUAUUUUGCCACCGCAAAAAAUAAUACGAAAAUAUUUAAUCGCUCAUUUAAAACGAUGUGCAAGUGAUUACGUAACUGAGGAAGGUAAAUAUGCAAGAUUUGCUGAAAAGUGUUUGUACAAAACUCAAGGAACUAGAAGAAGACAAUGGCCACCAAGUCGUGAAGAAAUAAUGUGUACUAUUAAUCGAAGACCAAUUUAUGCUCGUUUUCACUUUAUGGAUGGCCAAUAUCAUGCUGUUGAAUUUCACCCAUCAGCUACUGCCCGUGAUGUCAUGGAAAUAAUUAAAGCUAAAAUAGGACUUCAUGAAUCUGCAUUAGGAUAUGCUAUUUAUGAAGUUCUUGGAGUAACAGAACGAGCUCUAGUUCCUGAAGAAAAAUUAGCUGAUGUCAUGUCAAAAUGGGAGCGAUAUAGAACAGCAAGUGCUAAUCAACAAGGACAACAAGUACCAAGAAAACACGGACAUCAUUUGUUCCUUUUCAAAAAACAUUUGUUCCUUGAUCAGUACAUGAAUCUUGAUGAUCCUGUAGAAAAAGAAUUACUAUAUCAUCAAGUUUUACAUGAUCUUCGUGCUGAUAGAUAUCCAAUUACUGAAAUGGAAGCUGUAAUGUUUACUGCCUUACAAGCACAAGUGGAACUGGGUGACUGUCAGGAUAUUCCAAAUCAUCCGGAUUUACGUACUAUAGCUAAUCACUGCCUACCAUCAAGAAUAGUGCCGAAUGUUUCUAUCGAAGCAGUCAUACAACAUCAUCAAUCAUUACGUGGUAUGACACCAUUUGAAGCUAAAAAAUCGUUCUUAAAUCUUAUACAAUCUUGGCCACUUCAUAAAGCAACAAUAUUUGAUGUAAUGCAAUCAUUUACGUCAAAUUGGCCUAGAGUUUUGUGGUUGGCCGUCGAUCAACAAGGUCUUCAUUUAUUGGAGCAUCGAUCUAGGAAUGCUUUGUGUACUUACGAGUACAGUAGUAUUUUAAGUUACAGUCCAGCACUUAAUUGUCUUAUGAUUAUUACCGGAACAGAUAAGAAACAAAGUAAAGUAAUUUUAACUACGUCACAGGCUUUCCAAAUUGCUAAUUUAAUACGUGAGUACAUGGAAGUAUUACAAAUACCUCCAGAAGUUCCAAAGAGAGAAUCAACAAUGAAUCAGCAAAUUAAUCAGCAUCAGCCUCCGGUGAUGAAUGUGACAGCAUCAAGUGGGCGUAAAUCUCGACCAGCCUCGAUGUUACACAGAGGUGCUCCAAUAAUUCAUUCUCAAGCUAGUUAAAUAUAAGGUUACUAGUAUCUGUGUGCUCUUGUCCAACUGAAAAAUUCAUAAGAUAUAAAAAAAAAAAAAAAUAGUUUUUAGUCUGGACAAUUGACAAUUUAACCAACGAGGCCUAUCUAAUAACGGUGACUGUAGGACGAUUUAAUUUAGAUACUUUUUCUUCCAAUAUUUAUUAUAAGUAUAGCGUAUUAUUAAAUUUAUAAUAAUAUAUAAAUUAUCGUUGAUAAAAAAAUAGUUAGCCGCGCGUUCAGGCCAACGGUACUGCGUAACAUCGCACAAAUAUUAUUAUUAAAAAACUGCCAUACAAUUUUACUAUCUUAAAAGAAAGGAAACAACAUAGAACCAAAGCAAACUUUUUUUUUUUAUAUUUAUACAAUUAUUAUUAUUAUUAUUAUUAUUAUUAUUAUUAUUAUUAUUAUUAUUAUUAUUAUUAUUUAAGUAAUUUAUAGGAUACUGAGUGCUCUUUAUCAAGUAAUUUUUCUUACCAACAUUAAUUAUACGUUGCUUUAUAUAUAAUUAUGAUAAAUAUAAUAAUUGUUGACUGUGACUUUUGUCUUGUCCAAUUAAAUGUUUAAAUUCAUCUACGUCAUUGUACCAUAUCAAUAAAUUUUAGUAUAAACAAAAGAAAAAUAUUGAGCAAGUAUUAAAUUUCGACUUUAACAAUUGAAUCAUAACAAUAUUAAUUACAAACAGAAUUAAUCCAGUCAUCCUAAAUAAAAAUAAAAACUGAAUAAAUAAAUAAAUAAGAAGUAAAUAAUAUUUGUAGUGGUAUUGCCUAGAACGCUAGAUUAAUUAUUAUGUACAGCUUUUAUUAUGUCGCCUCUUUAUAAGCGACUUGCAGUGUUAUUAUUCACGAUUGUGUAGCUUCAAAAUGAAUAUAUUUAUUCAAAUCGUUGCAAUUAUAAUAGAGAAUUAUAAUGUGCGAGUUGUGAAAAAAUAUUUAUUAUUAUUAUUAUUAUUAUUAUUAUUAUUAUUAUUAUUAUUAUUAUUAUUAUUAUUAUUAUUAUUUUAGGACGAUCGCGGAUUAUUAUAAAUGCCUGUCAAUUAAUUUAUUUAAAAUACGUUGCUAUAUACGAGAAGCCCACAAAAAUAAUAUUAUUAAAUAAUUAAUUAUUUUGACUUUAAAUAUUUGUCUGAUUAUCAAAUAAAUUUAUUAUGACUUUAUUUAUAAUAAUAAUAAUAAUAAAAAACAAAUAUCUUUAAAAACUUUGUGAUUAUUAAAAAAAAAAAGGACCAUGAUUUUUUAAAAAGUCUAAACAAUAAAUUGAAAAUAAUUUACAAAUUUUUUUUACUGCUUUAAAUAAAUUAAACGCUGAAAAAUAAUAAAGAUAAAAAUAAACAGUUAGAUAGAUCUUGCAAUUUGUUAUUUAUUUAUUUAGUGCAAGACAAUCUUUGGGCAUACGUUAAAUUGGAUAAAAUUAAACGACUGUAAUUUUAUUUUUAUCAAAGUCGUUUGGGUUGUGAGAGAUAAGCAUUGACUUGUCAUCUGCCGUGUAUACCUUAGCCAGGUUGUGGAAUGCCUCGCGAUUACGUCCAGAGUAUAAUUAUAAAUUAAUUAAUUAAUUAAAGACUAAAUUUAUAAAUUAAUAAUUUUAAGUUUACGUCCAAAGAGAGUAUGUACAUAAAGUUAAAUUUUAGUUUUUUAAUAUGUAUCCAUAGAUGUACAAUUACAAUUAUUUUAAGUAAUUAUUUUAUCUGAACUGUCAUUUUAAUUAAGUUAGUUUUCAUAUUUUAAAUUAAUGUUUGUAUUUUUUUUUUUAAAUUUGACUUGGAAAAAAAAAAAUGUUUGGUCGAUUCGACGAGUGCAGAGACAGACUGUGAUCAGCAUUUGAGUGUUAUAUUUAGUCUUCAUUAGAGACAAUAGACACAAUUGAUAAGUGAGAUAUAUGUUUAUGAUAUGAAUGAAUUGUAUGAAUUUCAUUAAGAUUAUAUUAUAUUAUAUAUAAUCAAUAAUUAAACAUUUAAAUAUUUAUUUGAUAAAUAAGAAAGUGCGUAUAAAUUUAAUCUAUUAAUUGUUUGCGAUUAGUUAUUAGCUAGCUUAUUGGUUGACGAUGUUAUUAAUUAUAUAUAUUAAAAAAAAAUACUAAAUUAAAUAAUCUGUAUAUAUAUGUAUACAUUUAUUAUUAAAACAUACAUUAAAUAUAUAAAUAUAUAUGCUCGAGAAUAUGAGUUUAAAUAAUUU